GGGAGUAGCGCUGCUGAGGCUACCUGAUCAAAGACAGAUUCCAUCAUCAAGACUAAUUAUCUGGGAAUAAUUUUUGGGGCUUUUAUAAUUUGAUUUAAUUUAAAAGGAGAUUUUUCCGAAACAUUUAACAGCUCAAAAAUAUGUCCUAUAUUUCUAAACUUCCUGCAUCCUGGAAUGACAUGCCACCUCCAAGAAAAGUGGACAUUGACUUGAGUUCUCCAGGGUUAGCAGUGAACCAACUGGAAAAGCUUCUUUUCACUGGCAAAGCAAUAAUUAGUCAUGCAGAUGAGGUGUGGCCCAGGCUGUACAUUGGUGAUCAACAGAGUGCAGAAAACCGUGAAGACUUACACAAGCAUCGAAUCACUCAUGUUCUGAAUGCUGCUUACAGUAAGCGCAAAGGGCAACCAGAGAUUUAUAGGGCAUUGCAGAUUGAAUUUAUGGGAAUAGAUGCUCGAGACUCAUAUGAUUUUGACAUGAGUGCCCACUUCCAAUCGGCAGCAGACUUCAUCCACAGAGCUCUCGGCAAAGGAGGUAAAGUGCUGGUGCAUUGCCAUGUUGGGGUGAGCCGUUCUGCCACACUGGUCCUCGCUUACUUGAUGCUGAAACAGAAUUUUAAUCUGGUGGAGGCAAUUUGUGCUGUUAAAGAAAAUCGUGGAGUGAUCCCAAACCGAGGAUUCCUACGACAGCUUAUUGCUCUGAAUAAACAACUUUUUAACUGAAUAACAGAUUUUUCUAUUUAUAUCUAUUUCAUUUACAGAAAUAAUAUUUUCAUAUUUUACACAACUGUACAAAUGCAUUUAAUUCAUUUUUUUAUAUAUAGUCUCUCUUCUGGAACAUUCUUGGGCAAGUUGUA